CGGUGCGGGCGAGCGAGCGGGCGAUGGGGAGCGGCGGCGUGAUCCACUGUAGGUGUGCCAAGUGUUUCUGUUAUCCUACCAAGCGAAGAAUAAGAAAGAGGUCCCGAAACCUAACCAUCUUGAGUCUUCCUGAAGAUGUACUCGUUCACAUCCUGAAGUGGCUUUCCGUGGAGGACAUCCUCUCUGUCCGAGCUGUGCACUCCCACCUGAAGUACCUGGUGGACCACCACGCCAGCGUGUGGGCAUGCGCGAGCUUCCAGGAGCUGUGGCCAUCGCCCAAGAACCUGAAGCUGUUUGAAAGGGCUGCUCAGAAGGGAAAUUUUGAAGCUGCUGUGAAGCUGGGCAUCGCAUACCUCUACAACGAAGGCCUGUCUGUGUCUGACGAGGCCCGUGCAGAGGUGAACGGGCUGAAGGCCUCGCGCUUCUUCAGCCUGGCCGAGCAGCUGAACACCGGCGCCACACCCUUUGUCUGGCUCUUCAUCCGCCCGCCCUGGUCCGUGUCAGGGAGCUGCUGCAAGGCCGUGGUCCAUGAGAGCCUCAGGGCCGAGUGCCAGCUGCAGAAGACUCACAAAGCAUCCAUACUGCACUGCCUGGGGAGAGUGCUGAGUCUGUUUGAGGAUGAUGAGAAGAGGAGGCAGGCCCUAGACCUGCUGGAAGAGUCCGCAAAUGAGGGAUGCUUGAGCAGCUCUUACCUCCUCUGGGAAAGCAGCCAAAGGGUGGACACGUCAGAUCCCGGGAGGUACCUCCACAGCUUCCGGAAACUCAGGGAGUUCGCCACCAGGGGCUGCUGGGAAGCACAGCUGUCCUUGGCCAAGGCCUGUGCCCACGGCAGCCAGCUGGGACUGGGAGCCAGGGCCUCCAGCGAGGCGGUCUCUCAGCUCUUCCAGGGCUCCCGGGCCGCCAGCAAGCAGCGCAUCUUCUCUGUGCAGAAGGGGCUCAACGACACCAUGAGGUACAUUCUCGUCGACUGGCUGGUGGAGGUGGCCACCAUGAAGGACUUCACGAGCCUCUGCCUGCACCUGAGCGUGGAGUGUGUGGACCGGUACCUGCGGCGGAGGCUGGUGCCGCGGUUCAAGCUGCAGCUCCUGGGGAUCGCCUGCAUGGUCAUCUGCACGCGGUUCAUCAGCAAGGAGAUCCUGACGAUCCGCGAGGCCGUGUGGCUCACAGACAACACAUACAAGUACGAGGACCUGGUGAGGAUGAUGGGAGAAGUUGUGUCCGCCCUCGAGGGGAGGAUUCGGGUCCCCACUGUGGUCGACUUCAAGGAGGUCCUCGUCACGCUGGUCCCCGUGGCCCGCAGGACCCGGCACCUGUGCAGCUUCCUGUGCGAGCUCUCGCUGCUGCACACCAGCCUAGCUGCCUAUGCCCCGGCCCGCCUGGCCGCCGCUGCCCUCCUCCUGGCCCAGCUGAUGCACGGACACACGCAGCCCUGGGGCCCUCGGCUCUGCGACCUCACUGGCUUCUCCCACGACGACCUCACCCCCUGCAUCCUGAGCCUCCACAAGAAGUGCUUCCGCGAUGACACCCCCAAGGACUACAGGCAGGUGUCGCUGACCGCCGUGAAGCAGCGAUUUGAGGACAAGCGCUAUGAGGAGAUCAGCCAGGAAGAGGUGAUGAGCUACAGCCAGUUGUGCACGGCCUUAGGAGUGAGGCCGGAGACCCCGGAGCCCACGUCCUUCCUCCACACGGGGGAGAUCCACGCCUUCCUCAGCUCCCCCUCCGGCAGGAAGGCCAAACGGAAGCGGGAGAGCAGCCUGCAGGAGGACCGGGGCAGCUUCGUCACCACCCCCACGGCCGAGCUGUCCAGCCAGGAGGAGACGCUGCUGGGGAGCUUCCUGGACUGGAGCCUGGACCACUGCUCGGGCUACGAGGGCGACCAGGAGAGCGAGGGCGAGAAGGAGGGUGACGUGACGGCCCCCAGCGGCAUCCUCGAUGUCACCGUGGUCUACUUGAACCCCGAGCAGCACUGCUGCCAGGAGUCCAGCGAUGAGGAGGCCUGCCGGGAGGAGGCGCCGGGCGCCCAGACAUCACCGACCCAGUGGGCGCCCGGCGCAGACACGAGAACCUCAGGCUGCUCUUCCCUGAGCAGCACCAGUCCCACAGACUCCGUGGGCAGCAGCCUGGGGGACCCUCCCCAGCCCACCUCAGCACUGCCCCCGGGCCACGACUUGAACCCACAGCCUUGCUGCCACGACGCCAGGAAAUGGCAUUCACAGUACCGCCCCCCAAGCCCCCCAGAGAGCACUGCUUCUGCCCCCCGGCAGCAGGUGAAGCACAAAAGUAUCAGCAAGCGGAGUUCAGAGGCGAACGUGACCUUGGCCUUCCCGCGGCUGUGAGUGUGAGAGGGGGCGCUGCUGCUCUGCCAGCGAGGGUGGAGGCUUCGGGCAAGAGUGGAGAGGUCAGCCUGGCACCCGGCCCCUGCCCAGGGUCCUGUGCCAGCCAGCAGAAUGUCUGUCGGGUUGCAAAACUCAAACCCGUGUCGGCCACGCUGCCUGAGGCUGACUCCCAGGAAACUCGGGCCUGUGUCCUGGUCUUCCCCACCUCCACCGGGACUGCGGGGCGUGGCACAGCUCUCCUGCCUCCCCGGGAAUGAGGGAGCUGCUGACAACCCCAAGGGCAGCACUGCCUCCAUGCCCACUUGGGCCUACAGGGGCAUGCGCGCCCCUCCUCGCUCGGCAGGGCAUGCCCUGGUCAGGAAGCUGUGCCUAGCGCUUCAGUGUGGCAGCAGCGAUUGGGGGCCAGACGCCCCAGCCACAGACUCCCAGCUCUCUUGGCUAAUUUUAAGGAUCCGGUCUCUCCUGGGAUUGUCCACCUGCAACCCAUGUGCCCCAUGUGGUCAUUGCUUUCUCUUUGUUCUGGACCAUCCGUUACUGUGUUGCCUUCCAUUUUCCAUUCUUCCGAGAUGGAAACAAAGCAAAAACCAAAGAAGUGGGACUAAAUGAAAAGCUAGACACUCCCAGCAUUAUUCAGGUUCAACUAAGAAAGCAAAAUGUGGCUCAAGCCCCCUCGAUACCAGCUGGCAUUCCCUAGGAGGGUAGCUGCAACAUCUUGGGAGAGCAAAAUGCAGAAGACAAAACGGGCAAAGGAUUUGUCCCCAAGUGGUGGAUGGGAAAAUUCCCACGGGAAGAAAGCAAAUCGUCUGCCCCCCUGUGCUGGGCAGCCCAGAGAAGUCACGUGGCCUGGAGCCUCAGGCUCUCCCCUUCGAAAGCCAGUGAGUUGCCAGGGUGGUGGCCAGGAGGCUGGGAGAACCCACCAAAGGAGGUGACAUUUUCCCAGGCUGGGGUUGACCUCCAGCAUUUGCCAGCUGUGAUGUGCUUGUGUUUCCUCCUGAAGUGUGAGCAAGAACUACUUGGCCAGGCAUAUCCCUCAAAUGCUCUUGACCCAGAAGUUCAGGGCUGCAGAAACGUCAGCUUGAUGGUUGCUUUUCUGUCUGCUGGUUGUGUGUUUGCUGGUGUCCCCAACCCUGGUCUUGGCUACUGUGAGAAAACCCUGCCCCCUGGGGCAGUGCAUGGCUGGGGUGGGGACCCAGGCGUCUGGUGUGCCCGUGGACAUGUGGUGAGCCCCAGGGGCCUCAGCUCCAUCUUCCCUAAGACGGGGCAGGCAUUCCUACCUCACGGGGAUGUUGUGAGGGCUCAAUGUGAAGAGAUGCCAAACAAGUGACUUACAGACCUUA